AUGCAGCAUAAAAAAGGAAAAGUGUCAGGGGUUGGGGAUUUAGCUCAGUGGUAAAGCGCUUGCCUAGCAAGCUCCUCCUGGUUUUCUUGGGGUGUUUUGUUUUGUUUGUUUUGUUUGUUGUUGUUGUUUUGUGACAAGGUCUCCUUCCUGGAUGGCCUGGAACAUUGGGGCUCCCUCCAAUUGCUUCUGGCUCUGGGGUGCUGAGAUUAAAGGUAAAUUCCAGGACGUGAGGACGUGGUUCUGGAGGACAGGCAACAGGAGGAGGCCUAGAGUCCCAAACUGUACAAGGCAGGCAGGCAGAAAUCCCAGCUAUUGACUAUUUGGCCAGGAAGAGGCGACUAAUUGAACAAGGGCGUUAGUGACCCUCACAAACACAUCUGCAGUGACGAAUGCUUGAGCCGGAAAGAGCGUGGGAGCCAGAAAGGUCUCGGUGGGGGCAGGGGUUCCUGCUCAGUCUGAGGUUUGCAGAUCUCAGGAAGCCCCCAAGAGGCAGGGAGCAAGGUUCUGUAAUCUCCCACUUGCCAUUUGAACUCAGCCGACCAGGGAGAGAACUUUUCCACCAUGUAACUCUGCCCUACUUUGCUUCUGACUUGAGAAGGGGUCAGCCAUGAAGGCAUCCGCGUCCUGAUUGACUUAUACGCCCUUUCCUCCAUUGAACCGUCCUGGGAGCGGGAUGCUGGCUACGGCUGGGAAUUUCCGGGCUUAGAGUGAACCAUGCAGUGCAGAGACAGUCACGUCGCUCAUGGGGUCGCGAGGAAGGCCAAGCAGGCAUCCCCAAGGACUCUUCACACACACAACCACACACACACAUGCCCCCUCGUAAAACACGAGGAGGCCUGUGGCAUUGCACCCUAAAACUUGACCGCUCGCUCCGCCCCCGUGCCCCGCCUCCGAGGCGCUCCCUCCCACUCCCACACCGGCUUUAUAAAAUGGGGCCUUAGGUACAACCGUGAAACGCUGAUCAGCUGCGAUCUACAGGCUUUCUUCUGCACCAGAGCAAGUCUAAGUCUGAGCCGGCUUCCCCAGAACUCCAGCUACUGGGUCUUGAACUCCUGCGUCCCGAAGUCCUAGCGUUGCUGCACCCAAGGCCAUCCCCGGAAUCAUGCGCUGCGCUCCGACCGCAGGCGCUGCUCUAGUGCUAUGCGCAGCUACUGCGGGGCUGCUGAGCGCGCAAGGGCGCCCUGCACAGCCGGAGCCGCCGCGCUUCGCAUCCUGGGAUGAAAUGAACUUGCUGGCUCACGGGCUGCUGCAGCUCGGUCACGGGCUGCGGGAACACGUGGAGCGCACCCGUGGACAGCUGGGCGCGCUGGAACGCCGCAUGGCUGCCUGCGGUAACGCUUGCCAGGGGCCCAAGGGGACAGACCCGAAGGAUAGAGUCCCCGAAGGCCAGGCUCCUGAGACUCUGCAGAGUUUACAGACUCAACUCAAGGCUCAGAACAGCAAGAUCCAGCAACUGUUCCAGAAGGUAGCCCAGCAGCAGAGAUACCUAUCAAAGCAGAAUCUGAGAAUACAGAAUCUUCAGAGCCAGAUUGACCUCUUGACCCCCACACACCUAGACAAUGGGGUAGACAAGACUUCGAGGGGAAAGAGGCUUCCCAAGAUGGCCCAGCUCAUUGGCUUGACUCCCAACGCCACCCGCUUACACAGGCCUCCCCGGGACUGCCAGGAACUCUUUCAAGAAGGGGAGCGGCACAGUGGACUUUUCCAGAUCCAGCCUCUGGGAUCUCCACCAUUUUUGGUCAACUGUGAGAUGACUUCAGAUGGAGGCUGGACGGUGAUUCAGAGACGCCUGAACGGCUCUGUGGACUUCAAUCAGUCUUGGGAAGCCUACAAAGAUGGCUUCGGAGAUCCCCAAGGCGAGUUCUGGCUGGGCCUAGAGAAGAUGCACAGCAUCACAGGGGACCGAGGAAGCCAGUUGGCUGUGCAGCUCCAGGACUGGGAUGGCAAUGCCAAAUUGCUCCAAUUUCCUAUCCAUUUGGGGGGUGAGGACACAGCCUACAGCCUGCAGCUCACCGAGCCCACGGCCAAUGAGCUGGGUGCCACCAAUGUUUCCCCCAAUGGCCUUUCCCUGCCCUUCUCUACCUGGGACCAAGACCACGACCUCCGAGGGGACCUUAACUGUGCCAAGAGCCUCUCUGGUGGCUGGUGGUUUGGCACCUGCAGCCAUUCCAAUCUAAAUGGACAAUACUUCCACUCUAUUCCACGGCAACGGCAGCAGCGUAAAAAGGGGAUCUUCUGGAAAACAUGGAAGGGCCGCUACUAUCCACUACAGGCUACCACCCUGUUGAUCCAGCCCAUGGAGGCUACAGCAGCCUCCUAGCCUCCUCACUGGAGCCUGGUUCCAGGCCUAAGAAGACAGUGACUUUGGUUGUGACCUUAAGAUAUGGCUGUUUUCUGCUGAGAGCAGGAGCUCUAAGUAGGGCUAUCUGGAGUCUCGUGGACAGAGAAGAAGCCCAUAACUGGAGUGACUGGAGGACCCCUUUUCCGUGUUGGGGUCUGCAAGCACUGUUGUCUGAAACAGUCAGAGCAACAGGAAACAAAUGGCCCAGACCCAGAAAACGUGGGCUCAAGGGGCAUUGACUCUCACUUCUCGCCUACCAGAGAAGUUGGAGAUGCAGAGGGACCAUUUCAGUCCAACUAGCUGGGCCCUUAAUGGCGGACUCGGUCAUAUUGACCGACUGGAGAUAGGGUUCCCAGGAGCCCUGGAUACACUCAAUGGUGCUCUUGUGGGUGCUGUGGAUGAACAGGUGCCAACUGUGGUUCCAAGGCACAGCUCACAACAUUCUUACAAUAAAAACAACCUCAGAACA